CAUCGCAACAAUAGUUUCUGUCGAUUUUAUUCAUAGAAAAAUCAUGGCUGGUUUAUUCGACAAACAAGCCGAGAUAUAUGCAGACGCGAGGCCUACUUACCCGAAAGAAUGGUAUUCAAUGUUGGCCGGUCUAACCUCUUCCCACACUCUUGCUUGGGAUGUAGCCACGGGCAAUGGUCAAGCCGCUAUCGGUGUUGCCGAGUACUAUGAGCAUGUUGUCGCAACUGAAGUGAGCAAGGAACAAUUAAACCAUGUUAAGCCACAUCCUAGGAUUCGUUACGAACACACUCCACUAUCGUUGAAUGAUGAUGAUCUUGUAAAGUUGGUUGGGGGUGAAGGUACCGUGGAUUUGAUCACGGUGGCGACUGCAAUUCAUUGGUUUGACCUGUCGAGAUUUUACUCGGUUGUGAACCGUUUGUUGCGAACCCCUGGGGGAGUAUUGGCCGUGUGGACCUAUAGUGGUUUCGAGGUUUUCCCUUUGUUUGACGUGGUCUUCAAGCGAUUCUCCGACACCACUCUUCCUUAUUUUGACCCAAAAGUUAAGUAUGUGUUGGAAGAAUAUCGCACUCUUCCGUUCCCAUUCGAACGUUUGGAUUUGGGCUUCGAGGGCAACCCCAAGCCCAUGGACAUGAAAAGGGAGGUGUCGUUCGCGGGUUUCUUAAGGUUUUUGCGUUCAUACUCGGGCGUAACCACAGCCAAAGAAAGAGGGGUUGAUUUGCUUUCCAAAGAGGUUGUGGGAGAGCUUGAGUCAGCUUGGGGUGGCCCUAGUUUGAUUCGAAAAGUGGUUUACAAGGGGUGGAUGCUUAUAGGACGAGUAAAAAAAUGA